AUGAGCUCCAAGGUCCUUGAAGAAGACACAGAAAAAAUCCAAAAUGCUUUGAGCGAAAUUGACAUUGACAGUGAUAUUGCUGCAGCAAUCACGGGAAAUCACAUAUCCUCAAGUCCUCUAAGCUGGUAUUGUCUUCUCUUGUCACUUGGAACGUCAAUUGUAGCUCAAGAAGCUGAGGAUGAAUCAGAAUUUAACUAUAUUCAAGGGGAUGAAAUUGGGCCAGAGAACUGGGGAAAUAUCAAACCAGAAUGGGCCACAUGUAACACCGGAAGAAAGCAAUCUCCCAUCAAUCUACUUGCUUCGAAUCCGCAAAGAGUCCCUAGCUCGGAGAGAAUUACAAGGUUUUAUAAGCCUGGCCAAACAAUUAUCAAAAAUAGAGGCCACGAUAUAAAGCUUGAAUGGACAGAAGGAAGCAGCAGAAUUCAAAUUAAUGGCGUUGAUUAUAUCCUUCGCCAAUGCCACUGGCACUCUCCCUCGGAGCACACAAUAAAUGGCAAAAGGUAUGCUUUGGAAGCGCACUUGACACAUGAAAGUGUAGACAACAAGGUGGCAGUGAUUGGUUUUCUUUACCAAUAUGGCAGUCCUGAUCCUUUCCUUUCUUCGAUAGAAGAUAAAAUAAGAUCGAUUGCAAACAAUGCGUCAGCACAUCAAGAUGUAAUGGCUGGUAGAAUUAGUCCAUCACAAGUGCAGAUGGAAGGAUUCCAAUAUUACAGUUACAUUGGGUCACUCACCACCCCUGCUUGUGAUGAAGGUGUUAUAUGGAUCGUCGAAAAUAAGCUUGGAACUGUUUCAAAAGAACAAGUGAAAUUGCUGAGGGAUGCAGUUGAUGAUGGUUCGAGGACAAAUGCAAGACCAUUGCAGCCAGUGAAUGGAAGAUGUGUGAACCUCUAUGAUACAAGAUUACGCGCGAAAGAUGAAACUCUCCACACACCAAUUACAGCAUAUACAUAAAUAGAUUUGGACAUCACGGAACAAAAAUGUUCUAAAUAAAAGAGCCUACGUAUCUUAGCUAUUUCAUAUAAAUAACUUAGGCAUUACUUUGUCUAAGAAACGCUAUGCCAGAUGAUCAAUAAGUCAAUGAGAAGAGACUUUCUUCAUUAUGUAACAUGACAUCUAUCUAUAUUAAUCUAAAUUCGAAAUUCGUAGUGACUCAA